GUUCACCCCCUCUGCCAACACACACACACACGGAGUGUAAAACCUGAAGAGUCUGUGAGUUCAGAGAGAAAGUACACACUCCCUCUCGCAGGAAGACAAACAGCUGAAACAGUCUGAAGGCUCCAGACUUUUGACUUUAAAACAAGGAUCAACUCCCCACGCAGUCCGCUUGCUCACGGUAGUCCACCUUGAGGAGCAGAGAUGGAAGUCGGCUCGUUCAACAGGAGACCGUGGGCCUCACAGUCCCUCCGCGUCACGGCGAAAGAGCUCUCGAUUGUUGGACCACGGGGGAAAAAUACCGCCAUAGCAGAACGAUUCUCAAAGUACCAGAAAGCAGCAGAGGAGAUCAACUCGGACAAGAAAAAAUCUGAUGUGUUCCAGGUCGUGGAAGGUGUCGCUCUGCACCCCGGCACUCUGAGCGCACUGAAAAAGCGCUGGGAGGCUGAACAACCUGUCUCCUCUGAGCAAAGUUCACACAAUCCAUCAGCAUACACUCCUCCAAAAUCUUCAAGUUCUGUUGAAGCAAACGUCCCCUCAAACAUCACGGAGAUGGAGAAGAUGCCACAAAGGGAUAUUGAGGAAAAGGACAAGCCCAAUGUGCCUCUCAGCAGCCUCAAAAUGAUGUUCGAGGGCAAGGUUUCUGGAGAGUCAGUACAAUCAGGAAGUGGCCCUGACAAAAUGGAAUUCGGAGAUAAAGGAGUGUUUGAGACAAUGGUAGAGACCACGCCCCUCAGGGACAGAAUGGCCCUUUAUCAGGCUGCAGUGUCUAAACAAGAGGUGUCCUCAUCCUCUUGUGGUCAGAGUGAAGUGGACAUGGAGGCACCUGCUUAUAGCGUGAAGCAGAAAGAAAACGUCCCUCCGGUGCCCCUGGAUGUGAACUCCAGUCCUGAGCCUGACCCCAGGAAAGCUCCGACCACGGAUCACAACGGCUCCAGUGUGGCUCCUCCUGUUUCUGGCCAAACUAAAACGGUUAAGAAGUUCAGUUUGCCGACACGUGAGAGCUGCGUGACGUGCACGAAGACGGUGUACCCCCUGGAGCGACUGGUCGCCAACCAGCAAAUAUAUCACAACUCUUGCUUCCGCUGUGCUCACUGCAACACGAAGCUGAGCCUCGCGAACUACGCCUCUCUACAUGGCACCGUCUACUGCAAGCCGCACUUCUGCCAACUCUUCAAGGCUAAAGGGAACUACGAUGAAGGUUUUGGACACCGACCCCACAAGGAGCUGUGGGACUCCCGAACAGAGGACGCAGAAGACCAGGGGGGCAAGGAGGAGCCUCUGGAAAACACCAGCAGUCCCACCGUGGAGGAGUUUCCUCUGCUUAAAGUGAACAUCCUCACUGCCUCGCUGGAGACACGGGCUCAGGAGGUAGCAGAGAGAACGGAGAAACCGGUGGAAACCAGACGGCUGAAGAUCUCUUGGCCUCCAAGAACAGACAGCGAGGAAACUUCAGCUCAAACCGGAGUGCUGGCUGAAGACGCUGCGGUGUGUCCCAGCCGCCCAAAAUGGCCACCAGAGGGCGACUCGAGCUCACUCUGCACUGAGAAAACAGAGCUCUUGGAUAGCCGCAGGAGCUCCUUGCCUAAAGAGUGCAGCCGCCCCUUUUCAGGCAGCAGCCCUGCCUCAGCUGUCAAUCAACCCAAUCUGAUCCGCCCCACUCAGCCCCAGCCAAUAGAAAAGGAGGAAGUAAGUGAAGAUGCUGGACAGGAGGAGGAGGAAGAGGAAGGCGAAGGCAGAUGUGAUGGAGGCACUGAAGAGGAGGAGCCACCAUCUUUCACCUGCCAGAGUACAUCACUGGAGGACACUCCUCCUUCCUCCCCCCUCAGCGAGGGAGCGUCAAGCUCCGGGUUUGAGCAGAAACACUCCGAGGAUGUGGGAUUCUGGGAUGGCGAGGAAGAGCAGGACGAGUCCGUUGAAGACCUGAUCAGGAAGAACCGUCGUUACGAAGACUACGAUGAGGAAUGAUGUUUUUCCAAUAAACGAGAGAAACGAAAUUAAAGUCUGUUUAAUUCCACUGACUUUCAAAGGAGCACCUUCACUGGGCUUCCUUUUCUCUCUGGCAGUCAUCGAAUCCAGAUUUCCACAACGUGUGCAGCACAUGAGAAAGAUGUACAAGGUUAUAUUUUUAUUGGUACUUUUAAUGUAUGUACAGUGUGUGCAGUUUUUUUUUUUCUUCUGUCCUUUCUUUUGUUUUGUAGCUUAUAUGGGUUGCUUUCAAAUUUUAUAGCAUCUUUCCUCACGUUGCCUGUUAGUUAGAAGAGCCGUAGGAGUUACAGUUUGACUCUGUUCCAGGACGAUACAGAGGACACCUGAAAACGACACGCUUCUACUAUUUUAGCUAAAAGCAAAAUGCAGCUUCGGUUCUCUCGGUGAAAAAACCAAUUCACUGAAGGGGAAAGGAUGUGGGACCAAAAAAAAAAAAUGCAUUUGCUUCUGGUAGCACUUACGCUGACUUGAUCUUACACUUUAGACUGUGAAUUCAUAAACCACUGAAGUGGUCUCUGGUUGCUCAAAGCAUAGAAUAGAAAUUGUUGAUCAUUUACACCACCAUUAGGGUUUUUAUGGUAAUUUUUUUUUCCCCUUCCCCCUCUGCUUCUGCUUGCUAGGAUUUUCUUGUACCGCUGUAGUUCUGUUUUAGACGUCCUUAUCUAAUCCAUCUUGAAACAAGUUGUACAAGGACAAAACAAGCAGCCAAGUCAUUCAUUGUUUAUUCUCUUCUUGUUGUUCUUCUUAGUGUUUUUUUUUUUUUUCCCCCAAAUGGAAACGACUUUGUUUUUGAUUUGAACAUUAAGACCUGGCAGUCAUCCAGCUGUGUGAGCUCCAGGUUUUGUCUUUGGAAAUUAGUUUUAGUUUUGGAAAUAUUUCUCAGCAUGUGAUCUUUUUUAGAAGUGAAAUGGGUUGCGUGCGCUGUAUAGAUGGCCGUAUUGCUGUAUCAAUGGAUGCCUUUUAACGUGACACUUUUUUUUUUUUUAAAUCAGGGACCAAAUUUUCAUCAAUAAAUAAAAGUAUUUAAUAGGUAAA